CACAGAGCUAAUGUGCUAGCUUGCGCUUGUGGCGCCCAUUCCAGUUUCCAGCUCACAAGUAAUACACUUGUCUAUGAGUUGGGACGCAUUCAACCUCAAGAAGAAAGACUUUGAUUGGACGUCGAUCUACGUAUGCAAAAUCCUCUGCAGGGACCUUUUGCAUGGCGCUUCCAUCUCUCCAGGGUGGGCCUGAUAAGAGAAAGCAAAUUCACGGGUGUCGGCAGCUGCUUUUCCGCUGCUUGCACAUGUGCAGGGAAUGCUAAUUUUGGAGCUUGAGUGGUAAUUACACGCACAGACUCUAUGGUUGGCGCCAUGGAAAGCUCAAAUCAGCUUGCGGCGCUAGUGUCUGAGCUUGAAGGGCUGGUCAGCAGUGGGCCUCAAGCCAAGGCUCCGGACCCGCUGGUCACCUUUGACCUCCUGACAAAGCUCCUUUCUUGCCUGAAGACCCAGGAUAAGGACUCAAUUGCCAAAGUCCAGCGGCAAUGCGAGGACAAGUUAGAGGCGUUGCUCCUUCUGGGCCUGCGACCUCCCAACCGGCGCCUCGCCAGCCAAGCCAUGGUCCAACUGAUCAGCAAGGGGGAGAACAUCUCAAUCUACUCCAGAGCAAACGGUAUCCAAGGAUGGCUGUCUGACUUUGUGGACAAGAAGAAAGAUCCUGCAGCAUAUAUAGGUGCGGCACAGUGCCUGGGCGCGUUGAUGCGCAUCUUUGGUCAGAAGCUGACGUCGAGCCUUCAGGAGAUUGCCAGCAUUGUUGGCAAGUUGAUGAAACAUCCAGAUGUCUUGGUGCGCCAUGCGGCUCUACAGCUCCUGCAAGACGCCAUGGAAGGCACUGCCGGUGGGGGCUCCGCCACUGCGCACACAGAGGCCGUCAGAGUGGUGACUCGCAUGGGGGCCGGAGACAAGGCCCCCGCUGUUCGCGCCACCGCCGCGGGCUGUCUUCGAGCAAUUGCACGAGCUGGGGGGCCAGGAUUGCACGGCCCGGGACUCGAAAACGCUGCGUCGGGAUGCGUGAAGGGGUUGGAGGACUCGUCCCAAGCGGUGCGGGAUGGGUACGCGGCGGCCCUGGGGGCUCUGGUCGCGCUCGGGUUGAACCCCCAGGCGCAGGUGCAGCCUAAAACGAGGGGCACGCCGGUGCCGGCCAAGACGCUCGAGGGCGCGGUGCAGAAGUUUCUGGUGGCGCCGUUCGUGAAGGCGGCGGGGCCGCACGCUCGGGAGACGCGCAUGGGGCUGGCGCUCGCGUGGGUGGCGUUUCUGCAGUCCAUGCAUAGCACGUACGGUCUGCUGGACACGGACCUCAUAAGCUAUGGCACGCAGGCAGUGGAGAUGCUCAAGCCGGGGGGAAAGGGAGCGGCUGCGCCAGAGCCUCAGGCGCUGGCGUGCAUCAUUUACAUAGUGCGCGUCGGCGUGGUGGAGCAAAUGGGGGAGGUCGCGCAGCGGGAGCUCACCACGCAGCUGAUUAAGCAGCUCCCUGGCGCGGAAGCAUGCGCGCCGAUGCUCAUUGUCAUGCUUCGGACGCUGGCGCACCUUUUGGACGUCCUCGGAGAAGUGUCGCUCUCCACCCGCGAAGCGCUCGACGCAACCCUGACCGCGAUCUUGAACAACCCGUCGGCCGCAGUCCGUGUGGAAACCGCGAGAACGAUCCGAGCGCUCGCGCUGGUAGACCCCGGGUGCGUGAACGGAAUGAUGGACUGCGGCGUCACGCUGAUGCGUGCGUUACGGGAGUCGGUUGCGGGGGCGCGGGGAGAGCAUCUCCGGGCGGAUCUAGAUUCGUUGCACGGGCAGGCAGUCAUGCUAGCGGCGCUGCUGGUGGCUGCGCCAAGGCUGCCCCUGGGGGUGCCCUCGAGGUUGGCCAACUCCAUCUUCGAAGUCGCUCAGGAGAUGGUUCUGCAGCCUGUCCGCAACCCGGUCGCCACCAACGGCGAGCGCGAAGUCGGGUGGCUGCUCAUCGCCGCUCUAGUGGCUUCGAUGUCCAAGGACGAGCUCGAAGAACAUGCCAUCGGCUUACUCGCCCUCUGGGCGAUCCCCUUCGGCGGCAACAGCGCCGAACGCGUGAAGAAGGUCGACCCCGCUCUCCAAUCAGAGAUCGCCACGUGGGUCGCCGCAAUGGACGCGCUCGGGGCGUUCAUCCGCCACUGCAUCGCCCCGCUCGUCAGCCGGAACGCACCAAAUUCCGCAACCCUGCUGCAGCCAGUCCUGGGAUACCUCUCCGGUGCGCUCCAGUACCUGUGCUCGCCCGUCCUGCAAGACGCGGCCGCGCUUCGGGCCAGCAUGGAGCAGCUGACAAUCCGGACGUUCGACGCGUACCGGGCGCUUCCGGACGCGAACCUGUACAAGAUCGACCACGUGCCUCUGCUGUCGAUCUGCACACUGCCGUUCCGGGACGCGGCGAGCACUCCCUCCAGCUCCUGCCUGCGGACGCUUCUGAACCCCGCGGACGCGUCGCUCGGUCCGUGGAUGCCCGGACGGGACAGCUUCGAAGACGAGCUGCGCGCCUUCGAGGGCGGGUCCGACGGUCUCUUGCCCUGCGUGUGGGCCGCGGAAACGCCGGCUUUCCCGCAGCCGCUGUCGCAAUCCGUCUCGCUGGUCGACGCGAUGCUGCUCUGCUUCGGGACCGUCUUCGCGACGCAGUCGGAGGCCAAGAAGAACGCGCUGCUCGACCUGGUGGUGACGUCACUCAAGUCGGGGCGCAAGCAGCCGUGGCGCGUCGCGAACGCGGCCAACAUCGGCAUCGCUCUGCUGGGCGGUUUGAAGGCCGCCUCGGGACGGGGCAAGGAGGUCGCCGAACCGGAGAUGUGGAAGAAAGCGGAAGCGCUGAUCCAGGGGGUUCUCCAAGCCGACCCUAGCUCCCCCGUUCUGCGUCGCGCUGCCGGCGAGGCGCUCGGACUGCUGGCAAAGCUGGCAGAUGACGCGUUCAGGGUUAGGUUAACCCGGUCGCUGAUCUCGGAACUAAGCGUGGCUGCGGACGAUCAGCACAAGGCCGGGAUGGCGUUUGCGAUCGGGUGCAUUCACAGAAGCGUUGGUGGGAUGGCGCUGCAGACGUUGGUGCCGGGGACCGUGCAAGCGCUGACAAACCUGGCGAAAGAGCCGGCAGAGGGGUUGCACAUCUGGGCGCUGCACGGGCUGUGGCUGACGGCGGACGCGGCAGGGCUGGCGUUCUUCCCGCAUGUACAGGCGACCUUGUCCACGUGCAUGGACGUCCUCAUGUCCGAACCCCACUCGUCCCCGGAGCUUCAGCCUGCCGUCGGCCGCCUGGUGAACGCAAUGGUCGCCGUUCUUGGGCCGGAACUGUCCUCUGGGAGCCGCGUCUUCUCGCGGUGCCAGUCGAUCGUGGCAGACAUGAGCACCGCAGAGGAGCCCACCGCGCAACUAGAGUGCGUGCUGUACGCGCAGCAGCUGGUGCUGUUUGCGCCGCAGGCGGUGCCGGCGCACAACCUGGUGGAGACGCUGCGGGCCACGCUGUCGUCCCGGCAGCCGUCGCUCCGCCACGCGGCCAUUGCCACGCUGCGCCACCUGUCGGAGCGCGACCCGCUGUGCAUCAUCCCGGAGCGCAUCGAAGAGGACCUCUUCGCGAUGCUGGACAGCGAGACGGACGCCAAGAUCACGUCCGGCGUCCGGCUCACCCUCGAACGCCUCCUCGAAGCCGCGUGCCCCUCGUGCCCCUCGCGCUGGCUGGGCCUCUGCAAGAACGUCGUUCUCGCGGCUUCGACGACGAAGUCCGCCGGAACACAGCCCAACUCGCCGACGGCGGGCAGUGCCGCGAGCCCAAAAGCGCCCGAUGACGGAGGGCUUGGCGAGAACGACGAGGAAGGGUUUGGGGUCGUGGCGGCGGCGCCUGCCGGGGCCGCCGCAAAAGACGGGCCGAAGGCGGGGAGCAGUGACCAGGACCAUUUGCCGCGGUACCGGACACGCGUGUUUGCGGCGGAGUGUUUGGCGCGGUUACCUGCCGCGGUUGGCGGGGAAGCGGCGCACUUCGAUCUGGAGAAAGCGCAGGAGGCGAACUGGGCCGCCGCGGAGAAAGGCCUCGUCGGGACGGACUGGCUCGUUUUGCACUUGAGCGAGCUGGUGGGAAUCGCGUUCCAGAUGGUGACAGGGCCCCUCGAGAUGCUCCGCCCCAUGGGCGUAAACCUGCUCAACAUCGUUUUGGAAAAGUUCGGCGCGACGGACGACCCCCACUUCGAGGGACACUUGCUCCUGGAACAGUACCAGGCGCAGCUUGUGAGCGCGCUGCGCGCGGCGUUCGAGCCGGGGGCCGGGCCCCUGCUGACGUCAGCGGGCGCGCGGCUGGCGGCGGUCGUGAUCACGACGGGCGUCGCGGCCGGGGACCGGGGGGUGCUCCAGCGCGUUUUGACCAUGCUGUGCACCCCCCUGGGAAAGUGGGACGCGCUGAGCCUGCCGUCGUACGCCGAGUGGGUCGGGUCCACCGUCAAGGUCUCGCUGCUCGAGGCGCACGCCCACGUCAAGUGCUUCGCGUGCGCUGACGUCAGCGGCGGCGACGUCAGCAAGAGUGACGGGGGCUCGACUCCCGGGACGCCGGUGGCCGAGGUCCUGCGGCCGCUGAUGCGCCCGCACGGGGCGGUGGUCGCGCGAUGUUGGGUCGGGCUGCUGCGGGACUACGCGGCGGGGCGGCUGCUGACGUCACCCUCGGCGGGGCGCUACCAGCCGUUCCUGCAGGACAGCCAUUCGGCCGCCGCGAAGGCUGCGGUGCGCCCGCACUUGGAAGCCGCCUGGGUCCAAGUUUUUGAAGCGGUGACGAUCGGUGUCAGCCCGGCCAACCAGGCGGCGCCAGCUGUCAAGUUCCGAAACGGAUCUGAGGCAGGGGCGUGGGGGAAUGUGAUUGACAGCAAGGAGUUUGACCAGCUCUGGGGGAUUGCGCUGGCGGUUCUCAGCGAGGGGGCCUUGUUGGGGGGGGGCGCGGCGGGCGGCGGGGCUGGCGCAACCCCUGCGGAGCUGCGCAGGGUAGCCCUACGGGGCCUCAAGUGGCUGUGCGCGCCGGCGUUUUGCACGCACGACAUGCUGUCGACAGACUUGUGCCGAGAGCUUUUGCAGGCCCUGUCCAGUCUCGCCGCGUCCGAGAAGGCCGCCCUUCAGCAGCCCAUCCUCGAGCUCCUGGAACAGCUGACGUCAUCCACCCCCGAGGACUACCUCAGCGUGGACUCGCUCCUUCGCGACUCCGCCGCCGAGCUCGGGCUCAGCGAACUGCGCCUGAUCCUUGGGGCCAGUUCCGGUUCCGUUUCCGGUUCGGGCCCUGCGAACUCCGUCGACGACGCUUCGCUGCAGGCGGCGUACAGGGCGCUUGGCGCGCUCGCCGCUCGCGCAGGGCCCGACGGGCAGACCCGCCUCGUGCCGCAGCUUUUGGCCGAGGGGUUGGGGGCGUUGCAGAGCGUCCCCGUUUCGGGGGGGGCGCUGGCCGCGACCGUUGAGUUCCUGACGGCUCUCGUGGGCGCUUCGGGGGGAGAGAAGAGGGCGCAGAUCGUGGGGGGAUUGAUAGAGAGUCUGGCGGAACUCGCCGAGAAGCAGAUGGCGGUUCUGAGCGAGAACGCAGGGAUUGAGAAUCAGCCGAGCACGUCGCUGUUUGAGACGGGGACCGUUGCUCCCGUUUCCCCGGUGGCGGAUGCCGAAGCGCGGCUUCCGAUUGUGUUGACGGUCCUCGGAAACGCCGCGAAGGCGCUUUUGGGCGAAGCAUUGGCGCCGGCUAAGCAAGCGGUGCUCCGAAGCAUCGGGGUGCUGCGCUCGUGUUUGAAAAACCAGUCGACCGUGGCCCAGUCCAUCGCUCUGCAGACGAUGCGAAACGCGCUGCAAGCAGCCGCCGCCGGGGGCGCAAAGGACCCCCCCACGGGAGAGUGGGCGCGCGCGCUCGCUCGGGAGCUCACCCCGGACGUGUGCGGGGUGGUGCACGCCGCCAGGUCAGCGCUGACGUCAGAGCCCGCCGCCGCGUCAGCGAUGACGUCGGCGUCGGCCAACGUCCUCGGGGACUGCCUGAAGGUGCUCGUGCUGCUGCACUCGCUGGCGCAGGGCGCCGCCGCGCAGGAGGGGGUGCUAGCGGUCCUGCUCGCAACCGUUAUCGCCGCCGCGACGCCUCCCCCGGAGGGGCACAACGCCGCGUCUUCGGGGCUCGCGUCCCUGGCCGUGAAACUUGUUACCCACUUGGCGACGGUGCCCGAAACGGCCGCCCAGUUCAAGGCCGUGGUCGCGUCCCUCCCCCCCGAAACGAAACAGCAGCUCCAGGCGGUGCUGAGAGCCUCAGCGGGGCAGCCGGCCGCAGCUGCGGCGCCUGCGGAGCAAGUGAGGGGGGGGGUCAGCGCCCCCCCGAAGCUGGUAAUCCCGCUGAAGGCGUUCGUACCCCCCCCCAGCACGGGAGCGGGGAUCCGGGUCGUGGUGCCGCAGAAGGCGCCGAAAGCUGCGAAAGAAGAGGACCUCGACGGAGACUGGGACGACGACGAGCAGUGGGGCGAGGCCAAGGAUGCCACGUCAGCAGAGGGUGCCACGUCAGCAGAGGGGGUCACGGCAAGUGCGGAUGCCACGUCAGCAGAGCCGGCGGUGGUUAAGGAGAAUGGGGACGUUACGGUAGCGUCUGCGGCGGACGAGUUUGACGAAGACGAUUGGGGCGAUGAAUUCGAGUCGGCACCGCCGGCAGCGGAGCCCAGUAAGCCAGAGGGACAGGAAGCGGAGGCGGUGUUUGCUGAAGUCAGCGGCGCAAAGGAGACGAAAGCUGACGUGGCAGCGGAGCCCAGCGAGCCGGAAGGCAAGGAGGCGGAGGCAGUGGUUGCUGACGUCAGCGGCGGGAAGGAGACGGAAGCUGACGUCGACGAGAGGAAAGAAGAGGCGACUGACGUCAAUGGGGAGCAAGAAGCGAGGGCUGAGAACGGCGAAGCUGUCAACGUCGAGGAGGGGUCAGGCAGUGGGAUAGGCGGUGAUGAAGGCGUUGAAGACAAUUCCGAGGCGGAGCGAAGCGAGCGGAUUGCUGAGGUCGCUGAGGGGCAGGCGGAGAGCCCAGAAGGGGAUGAAGAUAUUGAGGCGCCUGCGGUGCUUAAUCGGGCAUCGCCUGCCGUUGAGGAGCUUACAGGAGACUCGAAGGUCGAAGCAGGGCCGGCGGAAAAGGGAGAAGUGGAUGGGAAGGAGUCUGCUUCACGGAGGUCCAGUCGAGCAGAUGAUGAAGGUCAAGUGGCGGAAAGAGGAGAGUCGACGCCAGACGCACUGUCGAAACGAGCGUCCGAGAGCUGGGGGGACGAGUUUCUGAGCGCCCCGCCAGUUGGCGCCGCUGAUGCGGAUGCCGAUGCGGUGCCGACGCCGGAGGCUCCGGGCGAAGUUCUGAAGGAGGAGAUGGAAGGUCCCAGUUUUGCAGCGGAAAGUGCAGACAAAGAGGAAAACGCUGGGCUUUUGAACGGCAGCCUUGAAAGCUCGACGAGAGAGGCACGGACGUCGCACGAGGGCGCGGAGGAGCACGCUCAAACGGAAGCCGAAACGACGGCCAAGACCAAGCCGGUUCCGGUUGAGAUUCUGCUCGAGGAGGCAGCGGAAUCCAUCGAUGUUCCGACGGGGCAGACAUUGCAAGCGCCGGCUUCUGAAAAGUCGAAGCCGAAAGCUGAGGGUUUGAAAAGCGGUGACGUGUCUCUUGGGAGCGCGGCAUACGCCCGCGAACUGGAGCAUGCGGCGGAAGCCCUUGCGAACAGCGUGGUUGAAGAUGUUGUCGCGGCUGCGAAGAAGGUGAGCGCGGGUGCAGAAGGGCCAUCCAACGGGCAUGCAGAACACAUGGAGCACGUACGAUUUCCAAAAGACCAGAUUGGCCUUAGCAGCGGAGCGUUGCCUUCUUCGGAUAGUCUAGGAGUUGAGACGGGCGGACAAGAAUCCCAAGAUCUGAGUGCAAAAGCGGAGGAAGCGCCGUUGUAGUUGGACUGCUCUCCAAUGCACGCUCACCGACAGCGGGACGAGCAUUGGCGAAGAGAUCGCAGAGCUACGCAUUCAAUUGACUGUUUUUGUGUAUCUGGGAGCAAGGCCAAGGAAUGCCCAAGCUGUGCCUAAAAGCCAACAAUGUACUAUAAAAACACCUUCCAACCGGCCCUUAUACCGGGUGGAUCCGCAAAUCGUAUGUUGAGGGAAUCCCUUCUUGCCAG